GCCGGUUUGAGGAGGAUUUCAUCAAGAUGAGGAUGGAGCAGCUGCAGGCAUGGAUGACUCGGAUGUGUCGUCACCCCAUCGUCUCUCAGAGUGACGUUUUUCAGCUCUUCCUCAGCUACAGAGACGAGAAGGAUUGGAAGGCGGGAAAGAGGAAGGCGGAGAAAGAUGAGACGGUGGGUCCGAUGAUCUUCAGUCUGAUUGAACCUGAAGCCCCAGAGCUCGACGCUGCUGAGGUUGAACACAAGUGUGAGCACUACAGUCGGUUCACCAAGUCAAUGGAGGACGGAGUCCGAGAGCUGCUGAACGUCGGACACACACACUGGAAACGCUGCACCGGACCGCUGCCAAAAGAGUACGAGCGGAUUGGUCGAGCCUUCAGGAACCUGUCGGCUGUUUUCAUCAGCAGCAAAUAUCCAGGUGAGGAG